AAUUUACACUCAAAAUUUACUCUAUAUAUAAAAUACAAGUCUUUCACUAUAAACCAAUCUACUUUACAAAGCAACAAUCAUGACCGGACGYGAGUCCAAUCGUAUAAAAGAUGCAGAGAAGAAACGUGUACUUGAUGAAGCUGCUCGACAACGGCGCGCACGCAAGGCGCUUGAAGCGCUCGAACAAGAUAAUUUCCACGAAGAUCCUCAUGCUGAUUUGGUGAUGUCAAAGAAAUUGCCAAAAUUUCAAGAUGGUAUCAAAAACACUAAAGAAAAGAAAAGCAAACGAAAAGGUGCCGAAUACUAUAGAGCGAAGUAUCGUAAAAAUUUUCCACAGCUACUUGAAGAAUGCAAACAGAAUUCUACGGAUACACCAAACUAUUUAAAUGCUUUGGCUCCCGCACCAAAUAAGCCGCCACGUCGGUUCUGUGCUGUUUGUGGUAAUUUUUCAAAAUACACUUGCACUGCGUGUGGCACACACUACUGCUGCAUUCGUUGUCUUGGCACACAUCAGGAUACACGUUGUCUCAAAUGGACGGCUUGAGGCUUUCUUUUAAGUAUAUAAUAUAUAUUAUAAUAAAACUAAAACAUAGCGUUGAGAAUUGUAAUUGCGUAAAUUCAUUUUUGCAAGGAAUAUAACAACACUUUUUAAAUUGCUGUAAAAAUUUAUGAUUUUACUAUGCAUUAUAAGUUGCGAGUGCCCUAUUAGUUACAUUGGUCUUUUGUAAUGGUAAAUAUAAUUAAGUUAUAAAUAUUAA